GGUUAACCAAAGUCACUUUUUGAUUUGGAGGUUGCAGCAAUAUUUAAAAUCUUGACCCGCUUAAGAAGAAAAAGUCAGGGGAUCACCAAAAGAUAAUCUAAUAUUGCAUUUAAUAGUUGCUAAAGUAACAGUUUUGUAAAAUGCUAAUUUAACACAAAUAACGGAAUACGUCACAUCAAAAAAAAAUUUACUCUGUAGUAUCUGCAAUCUGUGUGUGACAGCGAAUGGUGACACGGGUCUACAUCAUUUUAAUCUGGGUUUUCCCCAAAUAACUUCAGGGUACAUGUUGUACUCCAGCAAUUAAGGAACAUUCUUUCCAUCUCAUUCUUUGCUUUUGACUCACCAGAUGUGUGGUGAGCUAUAAAAAAAAAAAAAUACAAGAGGAAGAGUGGCGCGUAACUCUGACUCUUCUAGCAUCUGUCGACACCCACGAGGAGAGCUCUCGUCACCUUGACCCUCAUCGGUGGAUUUAGCACAGACACCAAUACUGACUGCGUUCAGACGUGGCCUCAAAGUGCGGGGAAAAAAAGCAUUUUCCUUCCGUUUUCCAUCACAAAUUCCGGAGUAGGUUUCCUAUAAGCUGAUAACCUUUCCAUUAUCUACAAACAGGGAGGUCAGCACUGGAGGGAGAAGUGUUAUACUGGGUCAGACUCAACCCACUUUUUGGAAACUGUUGGGAUUAUUGUAAGGUAAUCAAACAGUAAUCAGUAUGUUAUAAUAAUGCUUCAAAAGGCUGAUUCAAAUCCAGUUGUAGAGACAAGAAUCAACGUGUGGUCUUUUUUCCUAAACAAAAGGUUAUCCCCUUCCUGCAGUGGCGGGCGCUGACACCUCUGCCGGGAAACCAAGGUGCCGCGAAAGUGUGAUGGCUCACUUCAAUGUCGUCCUGAGCCUGCGGUGAAUGGCGUCAUCAUGUCCCAGACCAACACGCCUCUCCUGGACGAGGUGGUGCAGUGGAGUCAGGAAACCUGCCGCCGGGAGCUCAAGUCUGUCCUGCCAAAACUCACCUCUUUGCAUAAUGACUCGGAUAAUUGGAAUGAUCAUAUACGUAUACUGAAGGUCAUUACAGACAGGUUCCUCCCUCAUAUGGCUUUGUCUGAGCUGGAAGAUGAGUGCUUCUCCAAGAUCUUACCAAAGGCGGUGUCCAUGUUUGAAGGUAUGAUCAAAGAAAUCUUGCACCAGGUUGGAGGGCUGUCCAGUCAAAACACUGAACUCUGUGCCUUACUGAGAAACAUCCUGCAGGCAAUGAUGCAGAUAAUCGAUGCCUUAUCCACUUGUGUUCGCCACGUUGGCACCUUCGAGGAAGCCCCUGAGUUGGACGCCAUCCGCUCGUUACCGGCUUGCAUCCUGAAGGUCCUGACGGAAACCUUCAACCACUGCAAGGAGAGUGAGGUGGUUUACUGUGGCCGUCUGUCCCUGGUAGCUGACCUGCUGCAGGGACUCUUCAAGGAGGCUUACUGCCUCCAGAAGGCUCUGCUGGAGCUGCUGGACAGGAUUUCCCUGGACAGCAGUGCCUCAGAGGAAGAUGUCUCUGAUACUGUAACAGUGAUUCACAACCUGUUGGAUAUCUGCUCUAUUAUCUCCAACCUGGACAUUGCACUGCAUGCCAACACGUGGAAAUUCCUCAUCAAACACAGCCUGAAGUACCAGUCAUUGGUGGAGGAACAUCUACAUCACGGUGACAUCAGCAACAGCCUGUGUGACAACCUGUUAGUCUCCUUCAACAACUGCGUGGAGCUGGCUGAGCAGAUUAAACGUGCCGGCCUGCAGGAGUCAACACAAAGCCCAGAAUACAAGCUCUUCCAGAAAACUGCAAAGAUGUGUCGAUUUUUUGCCAACACGUUGGUUCAUUACAUAAAGGAAUUCAAGUUUUUUCUGACAAAGUAUUGUAGCUUCUAUCACCGCCUUUACCUUCACGUAAUCAGCAAGUUCCCCCCCAGCUUGUCCGCCCCAACGCUGCCCUCCGCUCUGUCCGAGGAGCUGAAUGCAGCGGCUCUGGUUCCCAUGGGCGCCCUGCUGCUGCAGCUGUUAGCUGUGCGGCCCUUCGCCGAAUUCGUCCUCCGGAAGGACUCGCGGCUGAGUCCCGAGCACGAGCUGCCUCAGUGCCUGCUGCUGGUGAGCGUCCUGGGUCAGAUCCACUCCCAACCAGAGGAGGUGCUGCAGCUGUGGCACACAGGCAGCCAGUUCUCAGAGGAAGAACCCAGGCUUCCUCUCUACCAGGCGUUGUUCACUAGUUUCCGCCGAUGCUGUACUGAGCGCCGGGUGCCUGUGCUGUUGCCCGGGGUGAUGAUGAAGGGACAGGCCCAGGUCCUGGUCACGCUACACAACCACAUCUGUGUGCAGCUCUGUGCAAGUGUGGCUGCGCUUCCCCCGGCGUACAUCCCCGUGCUGGAGCGCUGUUUGCUCAACGCGGUCCUGCAGGCCGACACCCAGACCGCUCUACUGGCUACCGACGUGUGGUGCUUCACAGCGCGGUACGGAACAGCAGAGCUCUGUCUACAUCAUGUCCACCUCGUCGCUCAGCUGGUGAAAUCUUGCCCCGCUGAGUGUUACCAGUCAGCCCAACUGGGCCUGCUGCUCAGACGCAUGGUGUUCCUCAUGACGCCGGACCACCAGAUGGAGCUGGUGGAGCGCUUCCCACCGGCCGAGGUGGGAAACCUUCCAGUGUGGCGACAUGUCCUCCUCCGAGCUCUCUCACAGGAGGCCCGGCGGCGCGUGGAGGCCGACGUCACGGACCUCACUCAAAAAGCUCUGAGCGACUGGCGGAACGGAGGCUACAAACUCGGACAAGUGGAGAAAGUGAACAAGGUGCUGCUAAGCCUCCUAGCGGUGGUCCGGGUGCAAUCCUCUCCUGAGGAGCCAUGUGUGCUGUCUGCAGCGGGAGUAGUCACACAGCUCUGGUUACGAAUGAGUCCCGACCAGGUGCAGACUCACCCUGUACUCCAGUCGACUCUGCAGCUGCUUCUCUCAAUUUCAGCCAUUUUAGUGAAAAGCCUUGAACCACAAGUCCUUCAUCAGGCUCUGUUAUGUGUGGAUAAAGUGGUGUCUCAGAAGUGUGCAGAUCAGCUUCUCCUAGCUGCUCUGGAGUUCCUCUCCUCGCUGGGGAAGAUCUUUUUCCCUCCCGACAGCCAGAAUCCAGUUCUGCCCCGGCUGAGCAGCCUGUUUGCUGUGCUGUUGGCGGACGGAGUGUGGCUGCUUCAACAGCACGCCCUGGAGGCCUUUUCUCAGUUCGCAGAGAUAACAAACCACGAAGAGGUCAUUUCUCAAAGUUUGAGUGUAGAAGAAACCAAGACGAAGGUGGUUAACUAUCUGAGCAAGACUGUUAAUGCACAAGAGGAUGUGGAGUCAAGGCUACAGAGGCUCAAGCUGGAGACGGCAGUGAUCGACAAACACAAUGAGAGGCUGGAACUGAACAAAGAAAACGCUUCCAGUAAACUGUCAGCUGAAGCUGUGGCAGAUUUAGAGCCGUGCCCAAAGAGAGCUCGCCAGGAGCCCGAGGAGCCGUACAGCCGCUACAUCCAGGCGGCUGAGAGUGCUUUGAAAGCCCUCCAGGCUCUGAUCGCCGAAGGCGCACCCGACAUUGUAGCUCCGCCUCCACAAUGGCUGGAACCCAGACUGCAGGAGCUGCGGACCCUCAUAACCAACAUCAGUACAGCCGGCGCGACCUAGCCCUCAUUCAUAGAACGGGCCUGAGGAGUCCGUUCACACUCGUGCUGCUGAUCACUUUUUAAACCUUUACAUGGUCUGUUUUCAUUGAUAUUGUUUAUUAAACGUCUUUGAAUAUGA